UCCUCACAGCAGUAGUCCUCACAUUCUCUUUCUCUGCUGCUGUGUCUUCACCGAUGACGUGCUCGCCGUGCUUGAAAGCUUCCCUUCGUGUGGUAGCAGUGGUAGCAGCAGCUUUGGCCCUCUGCUGCAGUAGUCGAUGUUCGGCGUUCGCGUUCACAGCACGGCUGUCUCCCUCAACAGCGGUCCUACGGCAGUCGCACAGCAGCAGCAGCAGCAGGUGCUCUGGGUCGUGGGAUAGACGAGUGCAGGAACAGUUCAGAGCACUCGACACACGAUCACGGGGAAGAAGCGAGACGCACUUGGCCAACGGGGUAGGGCGAGGCCUCUACAUGGCACAAGAGACGCUCAUCCUUACGGAGGAGAACGUCGUCGCUGUGCUGGCCGAAGCAAAACGAGAGCUCAGCACGUUGUUUGGCAACAACGCAGAGAACACGGCCGUUGGGAUUACUGGCGACUGCGAGUUCGUGUGCCUGGAUGGGCCCAGCGUGGUAGUCCGUCUAACCGGAAGAUUCUGGCACGAAAAGACCACUGUGCUUGCCCGUGUGGGCAACUUCGUGCAGACGCGCAUCCCCGAAUGCGUGGACGUCGAGAUCGAAGACCCUUCGCAGCUUGAGGACGCGGAUCCUCCUCCAGGGCCAGGGCAGGCCGAAAUGUAGAUUGUGCCAACCAAUACGAUUAUGCAACGCAGACCCGCAUGGAUGCUAGAUAAAUAGUGUUUUUGCCCAACAUCUUGCGUCGGGAUGAACGCGGAGGUUGAUUGACUGGAGUCGCGCGUUUUUUUCGGUGACCGCCCGUGGUAGAUGACUCCUGUUUUGCUUCUUCUUUUUUUUUUGUGUGGGCGCGAAGAGGGCAUGCUGGAGUUUGGUGCAUGCUGGCGCAUGGUAAUGCGUUUUUGUCUUGUAGUAAAUGAUGUUUGUCGACGACAUCAAAAUAAUAUGUUUGGCCAUUGUUGUCGCUUCCCAAACGAAUUCGAGCGUUAGGAAACUGAUGGAAGCAUACAUGCCUCGAUGACGGGUUCUUUCGAAAUGCC